CUUUUGUAAAGUUAUUUAUACUAUCCACAUUUUGCAAAUAACAAUAUUCGACUGAAUCCAAUAAGGAGAAUAUUCAUAUUUGGAAGUCGGAGAAAUUAGUCUUAUUGGAAUACUACUAUUUAGAGAUAAUUUUUUUAGAAUUUAAUAAUUUUCAAUAAUUUGACACAGUAAUUUGAAAAUCUUUUGUCUAUCACCGAAUGUUUAGCGAAUGCCAUAUUGUAGCCAUAGCAAUCAAUAUUUCAGGAUAAUCAUAGAUGUUCGAUUUUCAACAUAAGUGGCAGGUGUCAAUACAGCCGUAGAAUUAUCUAUAAUACAAUUGUCACACAAUGUCGAUUAAUUUAAGUAUGCAAUGAUGUAUACCUGUCGUAUAAAGAAACGAAUCAAAGUUAUACUUAAAAAUUAUAUAUUCGGUUAGAUACAUAGAGUAUCAUCAAAUGUCGAGUUUAAUUGCACUUAUCAGAUUGAUUUCUUCCAUUCUGGAAGGAAGAAGAUUCAAACGACGAUCGUUGCCACAAUAGUUACAAUACUGGAAAUAUGGAUAUAUUUCAGAAAACCGAAAGACAUCCGGAAAUAUUUGAUAUUCCUUACUAUAAAAUGGUCGAGAAAUACUUUCAAUUUUUGGGACAAGAUCCACGUCAAAAGAGUAAAUUCAGAAAUACUAUAGUAACAGUGGUGGUGAUUAGUAUUUCAAGCAAUAUCGUUCCAACGUCAAUAGAGUUAUAUACAUCGUUAUGUGACAAGAAUAUGGAUGCAGUGAUCGAGGGUCUACCACAUUUUAUCGCAGCUACCAUUAGUGCCGUUAAAAUAUUGAAUAUAUAUUUCUAUAGAGAAAAUUUUGACAAAUUAUUUCAAUUUGUGGCAAGUGAAUGGGACAAGCUGAAAUUAAAUAAUGAAUUACAUAUUCUUGAUAAUACUAUUAUACAAGGAAACAAAAUGGCGCAAUUAUACCGAAGUGCAUUAUUGACAGCUUUGGUAUUGUUCCUACUGAUUCCAUUACUUUCUCCCAUAUUGGACAUCGUUCUUCCAUUAAAUGAAACUCGAUCACGACAACAACUGCUCAAAGUUAAUUAUUUAUUUUUUAACGAUGAUAAUUAUUUUUUCUACGUAUAUUUGCAACUUGCUUGGGGAUCAAUCAUGGUUGUAGUCACCAUAGUUGCCGUAGAUUCAUUGUUGAUUCUUAUAAUUCAUCAUUGCAGCGGAUUAUUUACAGUUUGCGGAUACCAAGUACAAAAAGUAACAGAAAAUACAAAAUCACUGAAUGAAAUUGUUUCAAAUAAUUACACAUACGAACAAAUCAGGAAUUGUGUGAUCAUGCACGAUGAAGCUAUCCAGUUUUAUAAUAUUCUGAAUGAAAGUAAUCGAAAUAGUUAUCUUAUUCAAGUUGGGUUAAAUAUGUUGGCCAUAAGUGCGACGGCUGUCCAAGCAGUCGUAAAUUUGGAUAGACCAGAAGAAGCAAUUAGAAGCGCUGUAUUUUGUGGAGCUAAUCAAUUCCAUUUAUUCGUACUUAGUUUACCUGGACAAGUACUCUUGGAUCAUUGCUCUGACUUUUCAAAUAAUAUAUAUAGUUCCAUAUGGUAUAGAGCACCUGUGCAAAUCCAAAAAGUACUCUACCUAAUGCAAAUAAGGAGUAAGAAAUUAUGUACGUUGUCGGCAGGUGGAUUGUAUGAAAUGAACAUAGAAAAUUUCGGAAUGACCUUUAAAACGUGCAUGUCGUAUUUCACAAUGAUAAUGUCGUUGAAAUAAUGAUUAUCCAUAUCGAAAAUAUAUUAUGAUAUAAAUAUAUUAUAUUUUCUAUCCAAAUUAAAUAAGGAUGUGAAUAGUAAUAAAU